CAUUUCUCAUCCACAUUUUUAUACAACAUGGGCAGAUUGGUCCACUACUUUUCAAUGUCCAGUGUAUAUUCCCGAAGUUGACUCGGUCUGGAUGAACCGCAAAGAUUGUCCGACCGCAACACUCAAAUUCCUCAAAGAGCCCGCGACGGAACUCCUCCCAGGUCUCACGGCGGUGAUAUGCGGGGGUCAUUUUCCAGGGAGUAUGGUCUUGCAUUCUGCGCCACCAAACACUCCCAUCCCGACAUUGUUUGUCGCGGACACAAUUUUCGCCGUGGCUUCGGGACAUAAUCCGGACCCCGGCAAGAGAAAUGACACGAUAUCCUAUCAAUUCUUGUGGAGUAUCCCGAAUUUCAUCCCAUUGCCACCAGACACGGUGAUGCAGAUUUGGAAAGCUCUCAAGCCGUUCGAGUUCAAGGCGACGUAUGGUGUUUUCGCCAAGAUGACCAAUGUUUUCGAAAAACCUGGCCAGACAUUGAGUUUAAAAGACAGAGUUUUGCAGAGUGCAAAGAUUGCAGUCAAGGCGAUGGGGUAUAGUGACCAUGCCAUCUUUGCAGAAGAGUUGUAGUUGUUCACGUAUGCAAGUAUGCAAGUAUGCUUUUUCGUCCGUCG